GAAAUAUGAUAGUCAGAUCAAAACAUAGCAACGGUUAAGAUCUAAUCAAGCUCCUCAAACAUCCGUUGUAAUUCAACGGCCACAAUGUCCCGCCAUACAAACAGAUAAGAGUAGAAGAUAACGUAGCUAGUAAAAAGCAGAGCUCGUAGGAAAGAAAAAAAAUAAAAAUUCAUCCCAAUGGCUUCGCUCUCAAUCGGAAUCGCCGUCGCGAACACCGUCCGUACAAUCCCGAGAAUCAGUUCACGGAGGAGCAAAAUCUCCUGCGAAUGGGAUCCGAAAGGUAUCUUAGGUCCGGCGCAAACUGGUCAUAUCGCUCGUCUUGAGUUCAAGCGCCGGCUAGAGAGAGAUUCGGAGGCGAAAGAAGCUUUUCAGAAACAAAUCCGCGAGGAGAGAGAGCGUCGUCAAGCCCUUAGACAAUCUAGAGUUGUACCGGAUACUUCGGCUGAGCUGAUCGAGUACUUUCUUGAUACGGAAGCUCAAGAGAUUGAGUUCGAAAUCGCUAGGCUUCGAGGAAGGUUAACCGACGAAUUCUUUGCGCAGAUACGGCUUGAAAUCGGGCAAAUUCGGUUUGCUGUUUCGAAAACUGCGGAAAGUGAAGAUAGAUUGAUAGAGCUUGAAUCACUACAGAAAGCAUUAGAAGAAGGAAUAGAGGCUUAUGACAAAAUGCAAAACGAGCUUAUGACGGCUACAAAUAGCUUAACCAAGAUCUUAACCUCAACCGAUAUAAAAGCGACGUUGUUGGAUAUGGUGGAGAAAAACGAGAUCAACAGAUCUUUGUUGACACUUCUUGAUGAAAACAUUGCAAAUGCAUACAGAGGAAACCAGAAAGAAGCAGGAGAUUACAUGGAGAAGGUACGUGCUUCGGUUCUUAAGUACCUGACGGUGUAGGAUGAUGUAAAUCAAACUUUGGAAUGUUUGUUUUGUCGGGCAAAAUGUAUUUAUAUAUUUUUUGUUGUUGUUGAGUGAAUUGUAUUUUUUUUUUUUUUGGGAACGAUGUUAUACUUUUAAGAGACUUUUUUUCUUUCA